CGCGGCUGAAACACCGGCUUCUUCUCCUCUUCGUGGAAGUUCUGGCACACUUCUGCUGCUGUUCUUCUGCUCCAACGAGUCAAACGACCCGACUCUCCACAACGAUCUGGCUCCAGCCUCCUCUCGACUCUCGAGUCUCUCAAGUCUCAUACACGCUUGCGGUCCCCUGCCCCAACGUGGAACCUGGCUGACUCUGACCCUUGGCCGUGGAUCGAUGAUCGGAUCGUCUUUGCUAAAACGGUUCUUCACUUCAAUAUUAAUAAUGGUUUGUUGGAGUGUCUGUCUUGCGGCUUACCCAGCCCAUUAUUAUUAUUAUUGAUUGACUUCUUCUCCCAACCAACCCAACCACAACUCUUUUUGUUCUUCUUGCUCGAGAGAACCACCACCUCACCCUUCCCUUACCUGAAUUAACCUAACCUCAGCCUGAGUUAUCUGUCAAUGCUUCCAGAGCAUUGAAGGAACCAACCCGCUCCAUACUCCUUUUUUUUUAUCCGUGCUUCGCUUUCUGUGGGCCCUUGGGAGAGGGGCCAUCCCGUUGCUCCAAGGGAUAUCUUUUGCCAGCCAACGUAUCUAGCGACCAUUCGCGGACCAGCGCUUCCUUUGUUGCUUGUUCUACCGCCUCCUCACUCCGCUUCCUCCGUCCACUCGUCCAGCCGCAACCAGACAUCUCACUCGCUCGGCAACCUAGACCUACAUAGUCCGUACAUGUAGCUGCGGGUUCUCGCCAACAAAUUAUAUACCUGCAACCCGCGAAAACAGGUUUCCACUCUGUGUCAAAGGUCUCCGUUGUUGUAGCAUCCCUCUUCGAAUUAUAAGCCGCUCUGCCUCCGCUACGCCUGCAUCAUUGCUUCUCCUCUCCGCCCUUGCCUGGGGAUUGCUUCAAACACCUGAAAUCUUUGCAGUCCAUUUUCGUACAUCUAGACACGGAACAAUGCGACCGCAUUCUCUCACUUGACUACCAUCAAUUUGCCUCGGCGAUUUUAUUCUCUUUUUGUAAAGGACGCUUCGCUUUUUCUUUGAGUAAAGCACUGGGUCCCAGGAUUUGACAAAGAAGCCUGCGUUGGAGAAGAGGGCCAAAAAUAGCUCCAAACAGCUUCCAAUCGCUGGCUUGGGCUCUUUCUUUCUGCAAGUAACGUAACUUGGAAAUUUGCUGGCAUGGAUUGACUGUAUGCUUAUGCCUGCAACUCUCGCAACCCGGACCCGCACCCAGAAACACAAACCAUAUGACUUUGGAAUACCCAAGAGCUCCGAAACGAGCCAUGCCUACAUAUUCCUCUUCCUCUAGAGCUCCCCAAAUGUACAACACGUACUCUGGCGAGUCACCUCCGCGUACACCACCGUCUCAGAGCAACAAAUAUAGAAACGUGCGAAAGGGAGAUUUGGUCCUGCGGCCCCCUCUCCGCGAAACAUUUCUAGACGAUCUCACCCAUGUUGAUGACCAUGGCCACCCGGACUCCGGAGAUGAUGAUGAUGAUGAUCAUGAUACCCAUGACCUAGCCCUGUCCCCCAAGCAUGUUACACGUACGUCAGUGGUGGAUAACAUGCUUUUGUCCCUGGACCAGUUCUCUGUUUGUGACCCACUUGACAGUCCCCGUAUGUUCAGUUCGAGCCUGGAUCAAGAAGCUCACACCAUAUAUACACGCUACUCUUCUAUGAGGGCUAGCCGACCUCGGGGCCACACCUUCUCUUCUUCUAUCUCUUCUGAUGUUGAAGCCCAUUCAGAGGAUAAUGUUGGUCGCUACUCUAGCCAAUCUACUCGUGGUCGUCGAAGUAACAGCAGUUCCAACUACCAUCCUGGUCUUCGGAGAAUUGACAGUGUUCGUGGGGCUGGAGAAGGUAUGAGUACCCGCAGCAAGGUGUAUGAUGCUCAACGCGCUCUAAACGCUGCAGAUCGACAGCCUUCUCAUCGAACAAACAGGGUCGGCACUAAAGCCAGCAGUCGAAGCAGUGGCUCCUCCAGCGUUGACUUUAAUCAAAUGAUAGCUGGUGGUCGACCAGGGCAGUAUCGGGAGCGACGGUCCGCCAGCUUUGAUUACGGAUCCCACCACCACCCCUCACUGCCAUUGACUGACAAUCGAGGUGGGUUGGAAGAUUUCGUUCAUUACAACGGGUUUCAUUACGAUGACAUCGACGCAGCUCCCACCCCUUGUGUUCCCGUAGGCCCCCGACGCAACCACUCACCCCCGAUGCGCGAACUACCUUACAAUAGAACCGUCCCCAGCAGUUCCCGCGCUCCUGCCUUGUCACGUAAGAGCAGCAGCAAAUCGGCUAGGAGCAUGUAUACGAAGAAAGGUCGUUCAGACACCCUCGGAACUGCUACCAUCCGAGGCCGUAGAGCCGAGUCGAGGCACUAUCGUGACCCAAUACCGGAUUUCCCUCUGGCCAUGUCGACCUACCCCCACCACCAACCUGCUCCUAGCCCAACAGUUGCAUUCCAUAAAACUUCCUAUUUUGCCCCUCAGCCAACAGUCAAUAAUACCCCACCACCACCACCACCACCCGCCCCAAAAGAGCGACCAGGGUUUUUUCGGCGGGUUUUUGGUGGCGGCUCUUCAAAAUCCCAAACCCCAUCCCAGUCCGAAGCCGACUCUUCAUAUAGCCAAGAAAACGAGACCCACCGACGGCAAAGAGAACAGCAGCAAAGUGCGCCGAAUUCUUCCAAAGGCCAGAAACAAACAAAGAAGUACUCGUCCCCAGGAAACAACAUGUCGAGCCGCGAAAACACCCCCGUGAUAACCAAAAAGCCAUCAUCCUUCUUCCGUCGCCGCAAGAAGUCCAUCCCAGACCAUGUUCCGCCACCAUUGAAAUUACCUCCUCCUAAUAUCCAAACUCUUAGCGGUUCGAAACCCGAUCAUUAUAAGGUUGAUCAUUUACGUGGCGAUUUGGGUCCAGAGCCUAGUCCAGUUAGCAGUCUCAGGAAGGUUAUGGAUCCUUUCUUAACAAACGCUCCCUCUCAUCAGGUGGAUCACGACCCCGUAGUCGACGAUGCAGAUAAUGAGAUUUCCGGCAGUGAACCACGAUCUCUGAAUGAGGGCAACGCAACAAAACGUGGAGAUUUGGAGCAUAAUCCACGUGGGAAGAAGCCAAGGAAACCCAGUUCGCUUAAUUUCAAAUCCGGACUUAGUCUUAACGUGCCUUCUCGUGACCAUGAUGAUUCUUUCCUGGCGGAUAGCAGCAGUGGAAAUGAGGGAACCGGUCUUUCGUAUUCUGGUGAAAGAUUCAGGCGGCCUAUGACUAGCCCCAAUGCACCAACUCACAUGAAACUAAUGCCAGUUGGACAAUCAUCGGAAGUCGCUAGUGGUUCACAUUCGUCAGGGAAAACGAGUGCUAGUAGUUCCCGUGCGUCGUACUCAAUUUUGCCGGCGUACCUGAAAUCGUCGCAUAGCAGGCACGGCGCAGUUGAUGAAUCGUCCACUACAACUUCAUUAUCGACUUCAGUGUCGGAUCAGAAAACUCAACACGGCUCGUCAUCUGUGCAACCUCAAAUUCUACCGGGGGAUAAUCAUGCCCAUCCUUCGAGGCAACUGCAUGAGAAGGCCUGGCUGGAGCCUGAUUCUUCUGUAGAACAUUUAGCUGAUGGGCGUGGCAAGUUGGAUCUACCGCUGGAAGGGACAGUUACGUCUCCGCGGGCGUCGCUAUCAACUGUGUCCAACUAUCACACUGCAUCAACCACUCCUAUAAUCCCGGAUGAUGAAAACACAAACAAAGAUACUAAGCCGCAGGCACUGCCUCCGCUACGUACGGAGAUACAAGCCGAGAAGAAACCCACCGAUGCUAACAACGGUGAAACUACUGGCCUUGCUAUUAAUGAGGAGCCUACUGCGGAGGAUAGACAGCAUGCCCAAAGGAUAUUCGACGAUCUCGACCAUGACGCAGACAAAGAACCUGCUGCAGCUUGGCUUGGAAAUCCAGACCGGUCAGCCGUUAGAAAGGCUUACAUGGAACUUUUUGACUGGUCAAAUAUGAAUAUCUUAGCGGCAUUGAGAGGAUUAUGCGGGCGACUUGCGCUAAAGGGUGAAACUCAACAGGUUGAUAGGAUUCUUGAUGCUUUCUCAUCGCGUUGGUGUGAAUGUAAUCCGGAGCAUGGAUUUAAGGCAACAGAUGUUGUUCAUACAAUAUGCUACUCUCUUCUCCUGUUGAAUACCGAUCUCCACAUGGCGGAUAUUGAGCAGAAAAUGACUCGCAGUCAAUUUAUUAAGAACACUAUGCCGACUAUCCAGAGGGUUGUUUCUGAUGCUGCUCCGAACGCUUUCGAACGAGCAAACCCUGGAAAUCUUUCCAGCAAGACCCAAACUCAAGGAGCAAGCGUGAACUCUAGCCCGCUUGUCGCAAAAUCUCCUACGCUGUUGCCUAUUCGACAUGGAGGCGACGGUUCAGUAGAUAUGGAUGUUCCCAAUAAUACCCUCUCAAAACCUGUUGAGGACACUCCCAGGACGAACUCUGUAUGCACCAUCUCCACGAGCCAGAAUCUUGAUGUUGCUUCCGGCGAUUCGGGACCCUUGGUUUCUAUGCCAUACCGGGGCACACAGAAAAGCUGGGAAUUUCAAAUUGAAAACGUUCUUAAAGACUUUUAUCACUCUAUCCAAAAACAGAGAUUACCCCUGCGAGGCGCCACUGCAGAAGCUGAAGAACAUCAACAGCAUUCGAACAACUUUCUAACACUGACUGGUAAUAUGCUUCGUCGCACACCAAGCACGUUGAGCAAAAGCGGAUCAGAUAUUCACCCCCGAGGUCGGCACAUGGAGAAUCGAGUGUCAACCGCAAGGUGGUCGUCGAAACCUAGGUCUCGCCCGAGAUUGUAUCCAACUUCACAUUUCGGCUCAAGCCGUACAAGCCUCGAUGAUCAAUCGUCUCUUUGGUCGCCAUCGGCAUCGAGUACGUGGAGCAAGCAUUCCCUUGGCAAGACAUUGACAUCUAUGUCGAUGGAUUCUCUAGGUUCUGAAUUUCCACGAGGAGACUAUCAGCAGUCCAUUGGGUUUGCCAAUGCCUUGAGUCAUGCUAUUAUUCGCGAGGACUCGGCUAAUUCUCUGUCCGGCAUGGAGGAUCCCGAACGUGCAGCGGCGCUUCUAGAGGAUGAAACCUUGGAGCUCGCGGGUGCACCGUGGGCAAAGGAGGGUAGUCUCAAACAUAAACAUCAUCUUGAUUCAGUCGAUAAACGCUCCAAAGAUAGAAAUUGGAAUGAAUCGUUUGCCGUGAUACAGCGCGGUUGGAUGAGAUUGUUUUCAUUCAACGCCUCAAGCAAGUCCAUGCGGCUGAAGCCGAAACAGCGACAGAAUGGCGGUCUUGUCGUCGGUGGGGGGAAUUGGACAGAGAACGCUGAGGAAACGUGGAAGUUCCUUCUACGCCAGUCCAUUGCCAGCGCCCUCCCGUCACCGGGCUACUCAAAGUCCCGACCCCAUGUAUGGGCUCUAAGCUUGCCCACCGGCGCUGUUCACCUGUUCCAAGUAGGCACGCCAGAUAUCGUGAAGGAGUUCGUCUCAUCCGCCAACUAUUGGAGCGCUAGGUUAUCCAAGGAGCCUCUAUUUGGAGGCAUCAGUAACAUCGAAUACGGCUGGAGCACUGCAGUCAUUAACAGCGCUUUAGUCCAUAAUAACAGCAACACCGAAAGCACCGCUGCCCCUCCCUCUUCCUCCUCCAGCGGCCCUCAUCCAACGCCACCACCACAAACCGCAAACUCCUCUGCAACCCGCCAAAGCUUCCAAAGCUCCUUCCGUGGCUCCCUAGACCACCCAUCCAACAUCCGCCCGCGUCUCCCCGCCGACCGUAUACACAUCAGCGACUGGACCCCUCCGCAACAAAGCAUGAUGGCAUCCACACUCCCAGAAAAAGAACAACUCGCCACGCUGCGCAAAUACGUGAAACACGUCGAGGAGGAGCUGCAGCGACAUAACGAACUGCGUGCCGCGAUGACUCUGGCCUUCACUCCCCGCCACCCUAACGCGAAUAAGGCGCUGGCGAAUUGGGAGCGGAAGAGCUCGUAUUUGCUGAGGGAGAUUGUGAAGUUUCGGACGUAUAUUGAUUGUUUGACGGCGGCGCAGACGUUGAGGGAGAAAAUUACAGGUGGCUCUGGCGAGACUACGCGUACGGAAGUAACGACGGCGACACCGGAAGCACUCGAGCUUAAGACAUCAUCGCCAGUUGAUAGGCCGCGGGCUUCUAGUUUUAGUGUUUCUUGAUGACCGUUUCCUUUGUUUUUGGGGUUGAUUUUGCUAUUGUGGACUUUUAAUUUUUUUUUUUUUUUUUCCUAAGGCUGAUAUUAUAUCUGAACCACUUUUCUUCUAGAGUUUUUACUUUUUUUGUCUCUUUUUUGGGGGGGGGACAACCCCAUACGACUGGGCCGGUGUUGUGAAAUUAUUACACAUUAUUGUUAAUUGUGUCUCACACACUUGCUGGUUUACAUCUUUUGCAAUGAGUCUACUUUUUAUUUUUAUUAUUUUUGUUUUUAAUUUUUAAUUUUUGUCCAUUUCUCUUCUCGUGACAAUGGCACACAAGGCAAGCAAGCGAAGAAACGAAUACGUAUAUUACUUUACUUAUAUUAUUUUAAUAUCCUCUUCUCCUUUUCUUCACUUUGUUUAUUUGAUCAUUUCUCAGCUGGGCAUAAUCUGACCUGAUUCCAUGAUUUCAUUCCGUUUAUUUAUUAUUUAUUUUCUUUUUCUCAUGAUGUUUCUUUGCAAGAAUUUCAGUGGCAUUUCUUUUUUAUUUUUGUUAAGCUAUCAUAACUGUUGUGUUUAAAGGUAUGAGGCUUAAGUAACACUUUUGCUCUAAAAUAAUUCAAUCAACAUUUCUGAUAAAUAUCUGUAUUGAUUUUGUGUAAUGUUGAUUUACAGUGUGUCGAGGAUGGAGUGCAUAUAAAAUUGCGAUUUCAUGUCGCCUAUUUUUUCGAAAUGCCAUUUUUUCACCGUAGGUAAAUGGUUGUAGCUCAUGGCAAAUGGGGUUUAUGGAUGACCUGCUGAAGCCGGAGAGAGAGAUAGCUUUGGCUUGAGAGAGAGAAUGGGACAGCUUCCUCGCGCAGAUGGCUACGGUAGAAUAAUAAUACGUGCCAAUUGAAUGGUUCUGGUCUCUUGAACGAGUUAAUGGGCCAGUUCAUGAGGGGGCCUUAACUGUGCUCGCCUCGAAGUAGAUAUAUAGAUAAGUUGGAUGGGGAGGAUAUUGAGCCGGAUUCCUAAAUACAGACGAUGCCGCUGGAAAUUGAUAGACAUAUAAAU